CGGGAGAUUUAUUUUCAGGGCGGCCGAUUUUUAAUGACGAAAGACUUAAUAGGCGCUCUUCGGGCUGCGCAACCUGAAGAUGCAAAUGACCUGCCCGACACUUCCUUGCCCCUUGAUGGGUCUCAGUACAUGAAUGAUUUUUUCUCUCAAGUCGAGGAAAUUCGAAACUUGAUUGAACGGGUUCAAUCUCUUGUUGAUAAUGUAAAAAAUAAGCAUAGUGACAUACUUUCUUCGCCUAACCAAGACGAAGCUACGAAGGCUCAACUUGAAGAUGCUAUGGCUGAAAUUAAGACAAUCGCACACAAGGUGCGUGCGAAACUAAAGCAAAUGGAAAUGAACAUCGAGUAUGAUGAAAACUCUGACAGGACAUCAGCUGAUUUACGGAUAAGAAAGACUCAGUACUCCACAAUUUCUCGGAACUUUAUUGAAGUUAUGACCGACUAUAACAAAGCUCAAGUUGCUUUCAGAGACGCCUGCAAGAACCGAAUAAAAAGACAAAUGGAGAUCGCUGAGAGAAAGAUUUCUAAUGAAGAAUUGGAGGAUAUGUUAGAAUCUGGAAAUCCUGCCAUUUUUACACAAGAAAUCAUGACGGAUACUCAACAAGCAAAACAGUCUCUGGCAGAUAUUGAAGCUCGACAUCAAGACAUUAUGAAACUUGAAAAGAGUAUUAAGGAGUUACAUGAUAUGUUCAUGGAUAUGGCAAUGCUUGUUGAAAGUCAGGGCGAGAUGAUUGAUCGAAUUGAAUACAACGUAGAACAAGCAGUGGAUUAUAUUGAAAGUGCAAAGGCCGACACAAAGAAAGCUGUUAAAUAUCAAAGUUCAGCCCGGAAGAAAAUGAUUAUUAUUGGUAUUUGCGUGGCGAUCCUCAUUUGCAUUAUUGUUGGAACAAUUGUCGGUAUGGUGCCAGGAAUAUGAAAAGUCACCUGAAAAAAAAUUAUUUAUUAUUAUCAUUUAUUACUAAUGAUUAUGAUUUUAUUUCAAAUUUAUUCAAUCAGUUGAUAACUUAUUCACAGUUCAGAUUAAUUUUGAACAGUGAAUUCUUCUUCAAUCAAUAUGUAUGUGUUUUUCUCUUUGCAGUUAUAUGUAGUUGUGUAUUUGUGUGUACGGUGGCAUGCAAAGAAUUCAACUAGGUAUUUCAUUUUCCUCUUACUGUACUCUGUUUUUUCUCUCACUCAUUCUCUUGUUUAUAUAAACGCAUAAAUCUUUAGUACAUUGUACAACAUACAGUUGUACCAAUAUCAUUCGACCCUAUACAAUUAUUGGCGUUUUCUCUCUCCCUUGUUAAACAUUAAUAUCGUUUAUUCAAUCGUCGAUACUUAUGUAUUUUCUUUUUUUUUCCAAAUGGUGAAGAAUAAAAUUGAGGUUUUUCUAAGAACAAAAUACGUAUUACAACUGCAGUUGUAAUUAAAUUUUCGCUUUCUUAUUUCGCUUUGCCAAUCUUACUAUAAUUUUUGUUGUGAGUGUUGAUAUCAUUUGUGCCAUGCAUUGAUUUUUGUUCAAACAAAAUAGCACUACUGAUUUUCGGUUAAUCAGUAAAUUAUCUUGUUUUCUUGGGCUUUCCUUUUCCUCUAUCCGGCAGUUGUGAAACUAUUAAGUAAAACAAUUUUUGUAUUAUUCAUUCUUAAUUUUAUUAUCAUUGUAUCAAACGGUUUGUGUUAAAAAUAAGUUUUAUUUAAUACUAUAAUACCAGAUUGGAUAUCAGAAACAAAUUGGUCAAGUCCUUUUGUUAUGAGAUCCAAAUAUACAUUAUAAUAUACGUUCGUUUGGAAGUAUGGCAAUUUUUUGUUUUAUUUUGAAACUCAUUAAAAGAAAUAAUCAAUAAGUAAUAAAUUGCCAAAUGACGUUCAAUGAAGAAUGUUUUAUAUUCAAUCAAUAAGUUUGCUCAUUUAGUCAAUCACACAUAAACACAAAUGUUUUUUUUCGCUUCCUUCCAGUUUGUAAUUAUUUAUCUUCUUUUCUGGGUGGUUAGAUAAAGAAGUGAACGCGUUUUCCUCAUUGUUUAUUUACUCAUGUUGUGUGUAUUCAUGUGUGUAGCUAUACUUCCUCUUGUCUGUCCCUAAUACGUCGUUCAUGUGUUUCAUUCCAUUUUAUUGUAGACCUCAAAAUAAUUGUGCGAGUGACUGUGUAUACAGAAAUAUUACAAAAAGUUUUUGUAAAAAACCAAAGCUAGAAUACAGUAAUAUAAUCAUCUAAAUAGCAUUUACUUUUCUCCCUAUUUGUUCCCACAGAAUCCUCUCACACUUCCAGUUACCAUGUGAACUAGUUUAUUUACUCAAAAUAUUCUAUCCUUUAUCUGUAUUAGGUUAUUUAUUAACUUCUGUCCUAUUCUUAUCUAUAAGUCUGUGUGUGUUUAGUGUUGGUUAACCUAUAUAUCCACUAAAAAUUUACUUAAUUAUAAAUUUUCAGUAUGUAAUAGGGUCUUUUUAUUUGAUUUAAUUCAGUUUAUUUACAUAUUACCUGACUGAUUAGUCUCAUCGUCAAAUAUUCAACACUUCUUUAGUUUAUAAUUAGGCACAAACGCUCAUUCAUACACAUACAAAUACACAUACUUAAGCAUACAUAAAUGCAACUUUCUUCACAAGAUGUUUAUAACAGAAAUACCUGUUAUUUAUGAUACUUCUCUUCAAUUAAAAAUAUUUCUAGUAUUAACAAUAGUCAUAUGGAAUUAUAUAUUCAAGAAAAAAGGAGUUAUUCAUAAUCGAAAAAAUAAAACUUAUAUAUAUAUAUACGAUUGCUCAGUUCACAUGCAAGCAUUUAAUACUAUUCAUACACUUUUACUCUUCUUCCUCUCAUUCUCCGUGUAUUUACCUUUUAGUGAUUAAAAUGACAACAACAAAAAAACUUAUCUAUUUUGUUCCUUCUAUUAAAUUGAUUAAAUGUCCUGUGUUUCCCUCUUGUUAUCCAUAAACCUUUUAUUUGUUUGUUGAUUAUUUUUCCUUCAAAAUAAACAUUUGUUCAGUGAAUCAAAAAAUAGAUUGAUAGCUAUUGAUUUCAGAGACAACUUAAUUGACUUUGCUAGAACAUGUAUUUGAGUUAUAUAGUAAGUUGAAAGUUAUUUGGUUGAUUUUUCUAUCUGCCAAUCUUUUCUUUAUUUUUCCUCUCUUUUUUUUACAAAAAAUUUGUUUUCACCUCUAUAUAUUGUGACUUGUUUAGUUAUUUAUACGAAUUUACAGGCUAAUUCCUUUUGUUUAUCAGAAGCUUUUGUAAAUUAUUAUUAUUAUUAUUAUUAUUAUUAUUAUUAUUAUUAU